UGCGGAGGGAGUGACUAUUGGAGAGAAAGCAGAGGGGAAGGCCACACAUGCUGCCGCGCACCGGGACCAUGCAUAGCUCCAGGCUGAUCAGCGGGGCGCUUCUCUGCGCGCUGCUGGUGCUCUCCAGCGUCGCUGGAGCCGAGAUGUUGGACAGCGAGUCCGAGGAGGAGCUGAGCCCCAGAGCCCUGCGGGACUUCUACCCCAAAGGUCCGAACCUGACCAGCGAGAAGCAGCUGCUCGGAGCUCUCCAAGAAGUUCUGGAAAAGCUGCAGGCUAAACGACUGCCUUUAUGGGAAAAGAAAUUCGGCCAAGUCCCAACGUGUGAUGUCGGGGAGCAGUGCGCCGUGAGAAAAGGCGCUCGGAUCGGGAAGAUGUGCGACUGUCCCCGGGGAGCCUUCUGCAACUUCUUCCUGCUGAAGUGCUUAUGAGCCUGAAUGUAGCAUUGAGAUGUGGAAAAAUGAAAAACUCUCACUCGAUUCCUUUGUAAUUACUGUCAUAUUUUUUAUGAUACAGCUGAGGAGGAGGUGGGGUGACUGCAACCAGCACGAAAAAGAACUAUAGUAGUUCUAUGGUGUAUAUUUUGGAAAAGUAUAUUAUAUCACAGAAAAGCUGUAUGUUGCUUUAAGGAUGCUGAUGAGCAGGAGAUGAGAACACCGUAAAUAUUCAGAACCACUUUAUGUCUGUAAAAAACCCCACUUUGGAUCAUUGUUGUGAGAAAUAACCUACUAACUGCACGAUACAACUCACCCGAGGACCACAAACACACUGUAAACCUCCUAACAGCAAUAUUAUGGGAAUAUUAUAGUGAUUCUUCGUCUGGCUGGAUCCAACCUGUCUUUGGAACUUGAAAUAUUUUGUUUCCGAUGAAUGUUUUGUGUAUGAAUAAUAAUAACAAUGGUAAUAAUAAACUGUGGAUCAUGUUGUUUUGUAAA